AUGGAGCGGGCAAGUCCACCGGGGCUGGGGCUGCUGGGCAAAGACAGCCUCCGGAUCCUGGUGGAGCCCGAAGGGGACAGCUUCCCUCUGAUGGAGAUCGGCACCUGUGAGGCCGAGGCCUCUGAGCAGUGGGACUAUGUCCUCGUGGCCCAUCAUCACACCCAGGGAGACCCCCGGCAGGUGCGGCAGCAGCAGUUCCUGGAGGAGCUCACGAGAAAGGGCUUCCACAUCAAGCCCCAGACGAUACAGGACCAGAAACGGGUCUUCUUUGGGAUCCGUGCUGACAGCAGCAUCUUCGACCUGUACCGCACCCUCCUCCUGGAGCCCGAGGGGCCUGCCCCCCACGCCGAGCUGGCCGCGCCGACCCCCGUCCCGGUCACCACGAGAAUCCGAAUCGUGAACUUCGUUGUCAUGAAAACCAAGACCUCGGCUGGCGGUGAGGGCAGGGCUGGGGCACCGACGGGGCGCCGCGGGCAGCCUCCUCCAGCACUUCACUCCCCCUGACUCGUGAGCCCCUGUGACCC